AUGGCUGUUGUGAUUUGCUCCGGUCUCCCUGCUGUGUUGAAGAUGAUCCAGCAGUGGAAGGUGAAAGAUUCUGAUAAGUUCUGUCAUGAUAACUGUAUUGGUAGCUGUCCAUACUGUUCAAAAAAGGACCAGGCCCACUUCAGCCAGCACAAAUUCUGUGGGAUUCUGAAUAAGAAAGAUGGACCAUUUUCAGCCUGCCACAAACAAGUUGACCCAAAUUUGUAUCUGGACAAUUGUGUCUAUGAUGUCUGUGUCAACAAAGGUGCAAGACAGGUAUUGUGUGAUAACCUGAAGAGUUAUACAGACACCUGUCUGACAGAAGGAGCCCAAGUCAGCCCACAGUGGAGAAUGGUUUCCAAGUGUCCCCUUCCGUGUCCAAAAGGCAGCCACUAUGAGGCCUGUGGUUCAGCCUGCCCGGCCUCCUGUGUGUCCCUGAACAGUGAGAAGCAAUGUAAAGCCCCCUGUGUGGAGGGGUGCCAGUGUAAUGAAGGACUGGUGCUUAGUGGAAACAGAUGUGUUCCCAAGUCCAGCUGUGGAUGUCAGUAUGAGGGAAAAUAUAUCCCAUCAGACACCACUUUUUGGGGUGACAACAGUUGCACCAGCAGGUGUAAAUGCCAUAAUGGGAAAGCCAAGUGUGCAUCACAUACUUGUAAGAAGAAGGAGCACUGUGUCAUGAAGGGGGGAGUGAGGGACUGCUACUCAACAUCCUAUGAAACAUGCAAGGCCACUGGUGACCCCCACUACCGAACCUUUGACAGUCGCCGGUUCGAUUUCCAGGGGACUUGUACAUAUAUUCUGUCCCAACUCACCAAGGGAUCAGACCAGGAUCUGGUCCCAUUUCAGGUGCUGGUCCAAAAUGGAAACAGGGGUCGUAACAAGGCUGUUUCCUUCACCAAGUCGGUGUCACUUCAUGUGUUUGGAAAUGUCACCAUCAGCAUGAGUCGUGCCAGCCCAAGGAAAAUACUGGUAAACAGUCAGUCGGUGAAUCUGCCCUACUCCAUGGAGGAUGGCAAGCUUUCCCUGUUCCGGCGUGGCUACUUUGGCAUCGUGACAACAUAUUUUGGCUUGACGCUCAAGUUCAACUGGAACAGCCAUGUCAGCUUGACAUUGCCCAGUUCAUACUCUGCUGCAACAUCUGGCUUGUGUGGAAAUUAUAACGGGAAAGGUGACGAUGAUUUACUGAAACCUGAUGCUCCCACAUGUGGUGCAGACAGUCAUUACGAGAUGUGUGCCCCCCCCUGCCAGCUGACCUGCAGUGGUCUCGUGCCCCCUGAGGGCUGUGACGACAGCUCGCCCUGCACAGAAGGCUGUGUGUGUGACGAUGGCUUCAUGAUGAGUCAUGAUAAGUGUGUACCUCUGGCAGAGUGUGGCUGUCAGUACGAAGGACAGUAUUAUCAAAGCGGACAGGUGUUUUAUCCAGGAGAGUCCUGUAAAACUCGUUGUGUCUGUUCGGACAGUGGAGAAGUAGAGUGUGAUCCUGAAUUCCAGUGUUCAGUCAAUGAGAAGUGUGUUGUGAAAGACGGUUUAGCAUCCUGUUAUCCCAAAGGGGCAUAUCCUCUGUGGGGAAACUGUGUGUUCAAGUUAUCAGAGGUGGAGAAGACGGAAGGAGGGUUGACAGCCUUCUCUGUGUUGGUACAACAGCAAACCUAUAAGGGUGGCAGUGUCAGUCGCAGUGUGGAGCUCAAGGUUUACAAUAUUGAUAUCACAAUGGAGACUGGGGUUCAAUGGGAAGUCAAGGUAAAUGACGUCAGAGUUCCCCUUCCUGUGUCAUUGGUUGACGGAAAAGUGCGAGCUUAUCAAAAUGGCAUCAGCAUCAUCAUCGAGACCGACUUUGAUCUGAAGCUGACCUAUGACUGUAUGGCAGGCGUGUUCUUGCAAAUCCCAUCCACCUAUCACAGCUCACCAGUCGGUCUCUGUGGCAACUAUAAUGGCAAAGUUUCUGAUGACCUGGGAUCAGCAGAAAAGAAGCCAGCAGAUAUGGUGGCAGCUUGGGUAGAGAUGAGUGACGGAACGCCCUGUGAGACAGGCUGUGGUGCCAGUUCUUGCCCUGGUCCUGAUGAAGAGAAGGUCCCAGAAGCCAAAAAGGCCUGUGACAUCAUCAAAGCCCAAAACGGUCCAUUUGCAGGGUGCCAUUCCACAGUGCCCCCAACCCCAGACUACGAUGCUUGUGUCAGGGAGAUGUCCACAGGCGAAGGGGGUAUGCACGUCCUGUGCCGUCACAUCCAGAGUUAUGUCACUGCCUGUCAACUAGCUGGCACAAAGAUAAGCAAAUGGAGGAGCAAGGACUUCUGUCCUGUGACAUGUCCAACAAGAAGUCACUAUGAGCUGUGCUCCUCUUCCUGCUCCUCCACCUGCUUCUCUCUGGAGCAGCCAGAGCCCUGCCCAGUGUGCCAGGAGGGCUGCCAGUGUGACGAGGGCCUCAUGUCUGAUGGAGUCCGCUGUGUCCCUGUGGAGGAAUGUGGCUGUGUAGUGGAUGGACUUUACUAUCAGUCGGGUAAAUCUGAAUAUCAGGAGGACUGUUCAGAGCUCUGUCUCUGUCAGUCUGGACAAUUCAGCUGCAGCUCAACAAGUUGCCAGGAGGGGAAGGAGUGUCGCAAUGUGAAUGGAACAAUUGGCUGCUACCCCACAGACCCCUGUGCUGAGAUUAAGUGCAGGGUGAAGGAGCACUGUGAGGUAUCAGAAGGCCAAGCAGGCUGCUUCCCUGAUUUUAAGGCCUCAUGCUCGGCCUUCGGUGACCCACACUACAUCACAUUUGAUGGAUGGAGUUAUUCAUUCCAGGGAACCUGCACCUAUGUCCUCGUCAACACUACAGGUCUCGAUCCAUCCCUGCCAGAGGUAACUGUGACCACCAAGAACGAGUUGCGUGGGAACUCUAAAUACUCCUAUGUGCGUUUACUCACUGUGGAGAUGAUGGGCCACAUUAUAUCCAUCCCAAAUAAUAACAAAGGCAACAUGUUGGUGGACGGCAUUAAGACAGAACUUCCUGUUAUUCUUGAAGACGGCAGCCUCUCCAUAAUACAGUCGGGAAUCAGAGGAAUAAUCCAGAGUGAUAUUGGUGUUGAAGUCACUUUUGAUUGGUCCACACUUAUCAUGGUAUCCCUAAGCAGCAGUUACUAUGGUAACGUCGUUGGACUCUGUGGAAACUUUAAUGGCAAAAAGGAGGAUGAGCUGACGGCGGCCAGAGUCACGGCUGUUAAUGUGACCGACUGGGCCAAGACAUUGAGUGUCGCUGAUGGUGACCCAUUCUGUUACCAUUACUGCAAAGGGGUGUGUCCUCAGUGCUCUGAGGAGGACCGUGUCAGGUUCACUGGUCCAAAGUACUGCGGCAUUCUGAGUGAUAAGCAGGGGCCUUUCUCUGGCUGUCACAAUAAAGUGCCAGUAGCAGAGUUUGUGUCUGACUGUUUGUAUGACGUCUGCAUCAACAAAGGACGACCUGAAGUGUUGUGUAACGCCUUGAACGGUUACUUCACAGAGUGCCAGGAAGCUGGAGCAUCCAUUAAACAGUGGAGACAACUGGCCAGCUGUUCUGUUAAAUGUCCGGCCCACAGCCACUACGAGGUGUGUGGUUCAGCCUGUCCACCCAGCUGUGGUCCUCAGCAAGUGGUGUGCCCCCAGAAAUGUGUGGAAGGCUGCUCCUGUGACCCUGGAUAUGUCCGCAGUGGAACUAAGUGUGUUGUCAAGGAGACGGGCUGUGGCUGUAACUAUCUUGACAAGUACUACCAGCCAGGGGUGGUGUUCUGGGCUGACUCACAGUGUGAGGAGAGGUGUGUGUGUGAUGCAACAACACAAAAGGUGCAAUGUAAGAAGACUAAGUGUCCUUCCGGGGAGAAAUGCGGCAUUGUGGAGGGAGUGCAAGACUGUUAUCCAGUCAGCUUUCAAACUUGCUCCGCACAUGGAGAUCACCACUUCAACACCUUCGAUGGACGCACGUUCGAUUUCAGGGGCGACUGUGUCUUCAAGUUGGCAAGUGUGUGUGGAGACACGAAAGGUCUGCAGCCCUUCGAGGUCAACCUGGGGAACAACCACCGUGGCAAAAAAAGAGCGUCAUAUGCUAAAGUGGUGACCGUCAAAGUCUAUGGUGUCACAUACACACUUUCACAGGACCACCCAGGUGGAGUACUGGUGGACGGGGUUGAACAGUCUCUACCGUUCUCACUCAAUCAAUCACUGAUCCAAGUUUAUCACAGAUACAGACACACUGUCAUUGAGACAGACUUUCUUGAGGUCUCCUUUGACUUUGCGAGUGCAGUGAGGGUGGAGCUGGCUACCAGUUAUCAAGGUGCAACCUGUGGUCUUUGCGGAAACUUUAACAAUGACCCUGCUGAUGACCUGAUGCUGCCCAAUGGGAACAUGGCUUCCAACGCCAAUGAGUUUGGAGUGAGCCAAUGGCUGGCCAACGUGAAAGGCUGCUCUCUUGAGUGUAAAGACUGUGCUCCCCCCUUCGCCCCUGACUACAAACCACCCAGCUACACAUCAGCCUGCAAGGUCAUAACAGCAGAGGAUGGGCCCCUGGCGGACUUUGUAGGCCGCAUAGAUUCCAGGCAGUUCCAUGACGACUGCAUACGUGACAUGGUGUUUAAUAAGGGGAAAAAGGGGUCAGAAUGUGACAUCAUCAGUGACUAUGUGGAGGAGUGUCAGAGAAAAGGCGGCCCCGUGAAGCCAUGGAGGACGAAGAAGCUGUGUUGGAUGCAGUGUCCAGACAACAGCAAGUACAGUGUAACAGCUCCUGGCUGUCCACGCAGCUGCUCCUCUCGGUCUUCUCCACAGAAUUGUAAAGCCAAACCCAGUGAGGGUUGUGUGUGUAACCCUGGUUUCCUGCUCAGUAAGGAUCGCUGUGUGCCAAAGGCUAAGUGCGGCUGCUUCUUCGAGGGUCAGUACGUUAAGUCUGGACUGACAUUCUACGCAGACUCUGACUGCCAGCGCCGAUGUGUGUGUCACGGAGGGGUGAUGACCUGUAAGAUCAAACCCUGCAAUAAGAACAAAAAAUGUGAAGUGAGGAAGGGAGUGAGGAGUUGUCAGAAAAAGGGAUAGAACAGGACACAAACACAUAUUCUGUUAAUUGUGUAUGCAAUCAAUUCUAAUCAGAUGUUCUUCUGUGGUGACUGUCCAUUUCUAAGGUCUCCUCCUUAUCGAUUCGUAAAUCAAACAUAAUUUACUCCAGGUUACAUAAUGUACCCUAUAUAACCUACUAUGUACACUAAGGUAUAUACAACUAAUCAUGAGAAGUUCAAACGAAUGCGGCCUGAUACUACAGCCGUGCAAUAACAACUCUCUAUAUGGGGUUUUUAAUCAUAUUUUAGUGGGAACAGAGAGACAUUCAUUUUGUUGAAUGGACCUUUUUGAAGCUGUUGAGCUGAACUGCAUGAUACUGUACUGACAUUAUUCAAAACAGGCUAAAUAACACAAACAGCUCCCUGUGUAACCGCAACACACACCUACUGGAAAAAUGGAACUGCUGUCACUACUCUCCUGUAAAUGUGGAGGAUUAUAUUAAUGAUUGUCCUUCUGCUUGUUCCUCUCACAUAUAUAAUAAACUCUACAUUGCAUUUCA